GUCCUUGUUCAGGUCCGUCGUCUCCCCUUUUGUGACUCGUGUCGUCUUCCUCUCUCCGAAUUCAGCUUCAGCUUCAGUUUCAGUUUCUAGCAAAAGCGAGAGGAAAAUUAAAAACAAAACCCAGUAAGCAAAAGGAGAAGGAAAAAAACGAGAACCCAACAAUGGUUGAAGAAUACGCCAUGGAAGACGCGAACCAGUUGCUUGAUUCCGCUUCUGAUUUCGCUCACUACCCCGGUGUUCAGAACGAAUCCUCGGUUAGGGAAUUUCUCCAUCGUUUCCCUCUUCCCGUCAUUUUCAGUGCUUUGCAAACCAAAUCAGAUAUGCCUGGUUUGGAAAUGGCUCUGGUAGGUUGCUUAGAAAGGAUUUUCGAGACCAAAUAUGGCGCCUCUCUCAUCCCUCACUAUAUGGCUUUUGUGCAAGUUGGCCUCGGGGCAGAAUCUCCAGCAGUAAGAGCUUUGGCUUGUAAAACUGUCACUUGCCUCUUAGAGAAUUUCGACACAGAAGAUGUUUUGCCAAUUAAGCUUGUUAUUAACAAUGGCAUAUAUCCACUUUUGCUUGACUCUAUGAUCAACGGCGAUGAGCAAGUAGCACAUGCUGCAACUAACGCGAUCAAGAGCUUAGCACGUUUUCCAGAUGCAUUGUCCGUCAUUUUCCCAGCCGAUACCAAUGAUGCUACGCACCUUGGUCACCUAGCUGCUAGGUGUUCAUCACUGGGACGAGUCCGAGUUUUGUCCUUGAUUGUGAAGCUGUUCUCUGUUUCUCCAUCUGUAUCUUCACUGAUAAAGAACUCAAAGCUUCUUGAUUUACUGGAGGCAGAAAUCAAGAAUACAAAUGACACUCUUGUGAUCUUGAACGUUCUGGAACUCUACUUUGAGUUAGUAGAAAUCGAGCACAGCUCAGAGUUCUUGCCACGAAGUGCACUCACUCAGCUGUUAUGCUCCAUCAUCAGCUCUACAUCAAUGGGAUCAAUUCUAAAGUCAAGAGCAAUGAUGAUAAGUGGCAGGCUACUCUCAAAGGACAAUAUCUACAAUUUCAUGGACGAAGCUAGUGUUAAGGCAUUGAUUUCAACAGUUGAUUCUAGCGUGGAGUCAUUGGAUACAGAUGCUUAUGAAUCUGCCCUUGAAGCUCUUGGUCAAAUUGGAUCAACAACCAAAGGUGCUACUUUGCUCCUUUCAACUUCACCUCCUGCUGCAAGACAUGUUGUGGCUUCUGCAUUUGAUCGUCAUGCACACGGAAAACAGUUGGCUGCAUUACACGCGCUUGCAAACAUUGCGGGGGAAGCUCGGCCUCAGGACAUGAGAGUAGUUGAUGAUAAAGCGGAAGAAAGCCUUCGCCAUUUAAUAUAUGAUGUUGCAGCACAGAGCACAAAGCUGACACCUUCAGGCUUAUUUCUAUCAGUUCUACAACAAAGCUCAGAAAUUCGUUUGGGAGGUUAUAGAACAUUCACGGCACUGGUAGCUCGGCCGUGGUGCCUGGUGGAAAUCUUGUCCAAAGAAGAGAUAAUAAACACAGUGACAGACUCGACCACUGAAACUUCGAAAAUAGGCAUGGAAGCUAGGUAUAACUGUUGCAAGGCGAUUCUCGAGGCUUUCGUGUCCAGUAGAUUCAUAAACGAUCCUCUUCGUGCGAAAACCGUUGAAAAGUUGCAGGAAGCCGUGAGAAGUGGACCGUAUCUGUCUAAGAAUCAUAGAGAAGCUCGACCUGAAGUGAUGACAGCUGAAGGAUUUUGAUGUCUAACUAAGACAACAAAUCUGCCUUUAACCACUAAACUUAAAACUACUUCUCUUGUUCUUUGUUUCUUUCUUCUGUGUUUUUUGCUUAUAUUUCUUCAGGUUGUUAAAGCUAGCACACUGCCUAUGUUGGGAUUUUCGUAUGCUAUAAAAAAGGAUAUUUGUUUUCUUAAA